UCUUCUUAGCAUGUCAACUCUGACGUUUAUAUUUGAGAGGACCUCAGCGACUUACACAGCAUUAUCAGUGACAUCGCGUGUGUAGGUGUAGGGGCACUAAAUACUCGAUUAGGGGCAUGCAGGAAACACAAAAUAUGACCCAGUUUAGUUUGGUCAAAAUAUGUUACAUGCGCUCUCGCAGGUCGACGAUAGACCAUGCACACCUAUACAUAUAAACCGAUAAAAAUGUCAAAGCUUGUCCUGUGGCAUUUGAAGGGCAGUCCACCAUCAUGGUCAGUGCGAAUUAUGGCUCAGAUUCUGGGCCUGGAACUCGAGCUCAAGGAGAUCGACUUCGUCGCCAAGGAGCACAAAAGUCCAGAGUUUAAGAAGCUAAACGCAAUGGGCACAAUACCCGUACUCCAAGAUGGUGACUUCUGUCUUGCGGAAAGCCAUUCAAUAAUAAAGUACCUGUUAGAUAAGUAUGGCAAUGAAGAGCAACAGGCGUUGUACCCGAGUGAAGUGCGCGAGCGCGCUUUAGUUGACCAAGCUAUGUUCUUCGACACCGGAGUUGCAUUCAUACGAGUUAAAAAUGUUGCCCUACCAAUAAUAUUUGACGGUGCAAAGGAGGUGACAUCUAAACUGGUGGAGAGCAUUGAGGAUGUGUACGACAUCGUGGAAGACUUUCUUUCUCGUCACCAAUACAUUGCUCUUGAUCGGUACACUAUUGCAGAUUUGAGCGUUGGCACUACCAUUGCAGCACUGAAUGGGACACAUAAAAUUGAAACUAAGAGAUAUUCCCGCACGACGGCAUGGCUUGACAAACUAAACGAAGAUGCCUACUUCAGGGAUAUCGCUGUUUCCGGUGCAGAGAUUCUCAAAGACACCCUUAUUACUAUGUUAAAGAAAAACAAUGAUCAAUGAAUGCUUGAUUUAAUAUAUGAAAAAAUGAGUUGAAAGAUCUUGUACUUUAAACGUAUCCUUUCAGAACUUGUUAAUAUUUUUACCCUCAAAAU